CUAAAUAUUCCAAAGUUUAUGAAUUUAAUGUAUAUCUAUAAUGACAAAAAUCAAAUUCCAUAUAUUCAAAAUUUGCUUAUAAACGAAAGAAGAAACAAAGAAGAGAAUGAUACUAGUUCAGAAGAUCGUAAUUUUUUUAAGUCGAAUUGCGGUUUAUUAUUCAAAUCAGGUCAGUUGAUCAAGUUACAUCUUCCAUCUAGCUCUCACAUGGUUCGUGGAAUCGAACAUGGCGGCCUCUACUAUCAUCAACGCCGCAACCGCGAUUGGUUCAGAAUCAGUGCGGGAUGUGUCUCUCGUAUUUCAAAUCGAAUAUCGCGCAACCGAGUGUUGUUGAGAGGACAAUGCAUAUCCUCUCGUCGAAACGAUCGACAUAACGUUCAUUCCUUGGCAUUUGGAGCGAUACAAUUAAGACAGCUGUUAAAAAGACAGUUGUGUGAAAAGCAAAAAGAAGUAUCGAUUAUCACAGAAGACUCAUCUCGAAAGCAAACCGUUGACCCAUUGUCCUCGAACACGCAAAUUACACGAAAACGACGCGUUGGCAUUGUGGAGAAUCAGUACGUGGUUGAGAAUAAUACCGGUUCAUCAGUAUGCGAUUUAGUGCGAGGUUUAGAACGAUUAUUCGAUGAAAAAAACGCCGGAAAUAACAAAAUUACGAUGAAGUCAAAGAAGGAACAAAAUGCUGAAGAGAAUAUCGUUGAUCCUGUCGAGGAGAACGAAACGUACGACGAAUUUGACACAAUUAGGAUACCGAUAAUGCGGUCUUUAAGUAAGAGUCCGCCAAAUGAUGAAGGUAUUGAGACGGAUUCGGAUCGAAGAAAAGGAUCGAUAGCCCGUUGCUGGAGUCUCGAUUCGACGGCGGCCAGUGACGAAGAUAUAUCGCUGACCACGCACCAACAGAAACGACACAAACUACGUGUUACUAGAUGCUAUAGUUCCGAUAGUGCUGUGUUGAGCGACGAGGAUCAAAUAAAAGGAUGGGAUGGUUCAAAUAUGGUAGAAGGAAACGAAUCAGAUCAUAAUGAUGGAAGACUUAGAUAUUGGAGAACACCAAGUGUAGUUGUCAGUGAUUAUUCUGAUUAUUCUUAUCUGGAUGAAAAACUAGAAAGAAAUGAUCUUGAUCUUGAAAAAUAUGAAGGGAUUAGUAGUACUCCUAGCCAAGCAAGCAGUUGCUCUUGCUUAGAUUGUGAUGAAAUUCGUGAAUCUUUAAAUACACAGUUCCUACAAGUCUGUCGUAGUAGAAGACAUUCGGACUCCUGUUGUUUGUGCCUUGAUUCUAUGAAUGCUGUUAUAAGAAACUUCAAUGAAUCUGAAAAUAGAAGAAAUUCUUGCCUGGGUUCCACUGAAAUUUAUUAUUCCAAGCACAAUACACAACAAUUUACACAAUAUAUACCAGAAAGUUCUUCAAAUUUACAAGAAAAGACGAAAAUUGAUCUUUUGGACAUUCCACCUAUACGAAAAAUUUCAGAUUGUUCCACUACAUCUAGUCUUAGCGGAGACGAGUCAGACGUUGUUGAACUACAACCAGUCAAAUCUUCCAAAUCAUCAGGAUGGAGAAAACUUAGAAACAUUGUCCAUUGGACACCCUUUUUUCAAACCUACAAGAAACAACGAUAUCCAUGGGUGCAAUUAGCAGGUCAUCAGGGAAAUUUCAGAGCAGGACCUACUCCAGGAACAAUUUUAAAAAAGCUUUGCCCUCAGGAAGAAGCUUGUUUUCGUUUGUUAAUGAAUGACAUAUUAAGGCCAUACGUUCCAGAAUUCAAAGGUGUUUUAGAUGUAAAAGAUGUAGAAGAAGGUAACGUCGAAGAAACUAAUUCAGAAGAAACUCAUCAGAAAGAUGGUUCUAGUGAUUCUGUAAUCAAAAAGACCGUAGUAUCCUCUUACUUGCAACUGCAGGAUCUUCUUGGAGAUUUUGAACAUCCUUGUGUGAUGGACUGUAAAGUUGGAGUUAGGACAUAUCUAGAAUCAGAGCUUGCAAAAGCGAAGGAAAGACCUAAGUUACGAAAAGAUAUGUAUGAAAAAAUGGUACAAGUAGAUCCAACCGCACCGAGUGCUGAGGAACGUCGUGUGCAAGGAGUAACAAAACCAAGGUAUAUGGUUUGGCGUGAAACGAUCUCUAGUACAGCAACACUAGGUUUCCGCGUGGAAGGUAUUAAACUUGCACACGGAGGCUCGUCAAAAGAUUUUAAAACGACGAGAAGUCGAGAACAGGUUACGGAGGCAUUAAGGCGUUUUGUCGAAGGCUAUCCGCAUGCAGUAUCCAAAUAUAUUCAACGUUUAAAAGCGAUUAGGGCCACACUGAAAGCAUCACCAUUUUUUGCUUCACAUGAGGUCGUCGGAUCUAGUUUGUUGUUUGUUCAUGACACCAAAAAUGCCGGCAUUUGGAUGAUUGAUUUUGCAAAAACAUUACCUCUGCCUCAACAUUUACCAAGGAUUCAUCAUGAUGCCGAAUGGAAAGUAGGAAACCAUGAAGAUGGAUACUUGAUAGGUGUAAAUAAUUUAAUAGACAUAUUUCAAGAUAUACGAAAUUCGGAAGGAACAUAGUUCCGCGAACUUUCUUUUUUAGGAAGUAUAAAUUGAUGCUAUAGCAAAAAAGGAUAUCGGAUUAAUAGACAUUGUAUAUUCUUAAUUUUAUAAAUGUAAAUUGCGUUGUAUCUUUAUUUGUAUUGUGUUUCUAUGACUACUACGUAUUUCGUAAAAUUUUGUACAUAAAUUGAUAUUGUCACAAUGUUU